CGACGGAACCGAGCGCGGUGCAGUCCGUGCUGCCCCUCCCAAGCCCUCCUCUUACUUCCCUAUGUUUCGUUAAAUCCGUCUACAUCUCUCUUUGUACCCCCGACCCCCUUUUCCUCCCCUUCCGAUCAAGCAAAAAUCCCCAAAAAAUCUGCAAAAAUCCUCAAAAAAAGCAGCGAUCUCCCGUGAUCCCAGAUCCUUGUCCCCAUAAUUACCCACCAAAAAAUCCUAUCGAAAAGAGGAAGGUUUGUCGUGCUCGUCGUUGUAAUCGCUAGGGUUUGUUCCAAUAACGAGAGGAAGGGGGAGAAAAAUUCCAAAAAAUAUCUAUCCUGUGCGAGAGAUGGCGCAGGCUCCGAUGCAGCAUCAGGCGCCGAACGGGACGGUCGACAACAAUAUCGCCUCCGCCGGCGGGGGCCACUCCUCGCCGACGUCGCUGUACGUGGGUGACCUGCACGGGAGCGUGACGGACGCGCAGGUCUACGAUCUGUUCAGCCAGAUCGGCCCCUUGCUGUCGGUCCGGGUCUGCCAUGACGUCAAUACGCACCGAUCUCUCGGCUAUGCUUAUGUCAACUUUAUUAACCCUGCCGAUGCUGCUACGGCAUUGGAUGUGCUGAACUUUACCCCACUUAACAACAAGCCUAUUCGCAUCAUGUAUUCGAACCGUGACCCUAGUAUCCGCAGAAGUGGAGCAGCAAAUGUUUUCAUUAAGGUACAAUGCAAUUUGAAUUUGGAUAAAGAAAUAGACAACAAGGCACUACAUGAGAUAUUUUCGUCUUUUGGUAGUAUUCUCUCCUGCAAGGUCGCAACAGAUGCAUCUGGCCAAUCAAAAGGCUAUGGUUUUGUUCAAUUUGAUCAAGAAGAGGCAGCACAGAAUGCAAUUAAUAAGCUAAAUGGCAUGCUUGUCAAUGAUAAACCGGUUUUUGUUGGACCGUUUGUUCGCAAGCAGGAAAGGGAAAAUUCUUUAGACAAGACAAAAUUUUGUAAUGUCUUUGUCAAAAAUCUAUCAGAGUCGACUACGAAGGAAGAUCUAGAAAACAUAUUUGGCAAGUAUGGCAAAAUAACCAGUGCUGUUGUUAUGAGGGAGGAAGAUGGAAAAUCAAAAUGCUUUGGGUUCAUUAAUUUUGAGAACCCGGAUGCUGCUGCCCGAGCAGUACAAGAACUCAAUGGGCAUAAAUUUGAUGAUAAGGAAUGGUAUGUUGGAAAGGCACUUAAGAAAUCUGAAAGGGAACUGGAACUGAAAGAAAAGUUUGAUCGGAAUGCAAAGGAGACAAUGGACAAAUAUCAAGGUCUUAACUUAUAUUUGAAGAACUUGGAUGAUAGCAUUGGAGAUGAUGAACUGAGAGAACUCUUUUCUGGUUUUGGUAUGAUUACUUCUUGCAAGGUUAUGCGGGAACCUAAUGGUAUAAGUAAAGGUUCUGGAUUUGUUGCUUUUUCGGCUCCUGAUGAAGCAGCUCGAGCUCUCACAGAGAUGAAUGGGAAGAUGGUCUGCGGGAAGCCACUUUACGUUGCACCUGCACAGCGUAAAGAAGAUAGAAGAGCUAAGUUGCAGGCACAGUUUUCACAAGUACGGCCAGUAGCAAUGGUGCCUACUGCUGGUACUCGUUUUCCCAUGUACCCCCCUGGUGCUCCUGGUGUGGGGCAACAUAUAUUUUAUGGUCAAGCACCUCCUGGCCUUAUUCCACCACAGCCUGGAUUUGGUUUCCAACAACAGCUUAUUCCUGGAAUGCGGCCCACAGGGGCACCUAUGCCAAAUUUCUUAGUGCCCCUAGUCCAACAAGGUCAGCAGAUGCAUCGCCCAGGAGGUAGGCGUUCUGGAGUAGGACCUAGACAACAAAUGCAGCAGUCUAUGCCUCUAGUUCAGCAACAGCAGAUGUUUCCAAGGGGCCGUGUCCAGCGCUACCCUCCUGGACGCAACAUGCCUGAUAUUCCAAUACCAGGUGUUGUUGGAGGGAUGCUAUCUCCCUAUGACAUGGGAGGUUUGCCCAUGCGAGAUGCUCCUAUGUCACAACCUAUUCCCAUUGGGGCAUUGGCUUCAGCCCUUGCAAAUGCUACUCCUGAGCAGCAAAGGAUGAUGCUGGGUGAGAAUCUGUACCCACUAGUUGAGCAACUCGAACAUGAUCAUGCAGCCAAAGUUACAGGGAUGCUACUGGAGAUGGACCAGACCGAGGUCCUGCAUCUGCUGGAAUCUCCAGAUGCCCUGAAAGCGAAAGUUGCAGAGGCAAUGGAAGUUCUGAGGAACGUCGCACAGCAGCAUCAGGCUAAUGCCCCCACUGAUCAGUUGGCGGCGUUGUCCCUGAAUGAUGGCCUUGUUUCUUGAGAUCGCAGAGACUCGAUUAAAAUAAUACCGGACACCGUCUGGUGACAAACAGCUGGUCUUUUGAGGUUAUUUUGGCUUGGUUUUUGUUGGAUUGGGUGUCAACUAUGCCAUUGUCGACCUGUUUGUCAGUGGAAACAAUGAUUGAAUCUCCUGGAUCAUCGUA